CGCUUUCUCCAGAAGCGUUGUUUAAAAAAUGGCGGCGACAAGCGGCACGGAAGCGACGCUCGCUACGAAGCGAGUUGCCGGCGAUCGAGAAAUCGGCGAUGAUGCGAAAAAGGCGAAGCUCGACAAUGCAGCAGCUGGGUUCCAGCACAUUUCGUCUUUCAGUGAUUUCAAGCCGCGCCGCGUAUUGAGCGAAGACGCACGGACCAAGUUCAUGGCUGUUGAAGGCACGUUCGGUGAUUUGUGCGAUACCGCUGCCGUUGUCGUCGUCGAAAAGACUCCUUUCAGCCGAGAAAAUUACGAACUCGUCUUCACCGCCGACACGAAGCUGGAAGAGACCUUUCACAACGACAUCUACUCUUCGUACGGAGGCAAAGUGACCGCAGCAUUGAACGGACUCACAGCCACUGUCAUAUUUCCGGCGACUCAAAAGCACGUGGACAAGUACCUCUUCAAGCCGCACCACAUGAUCACCGAGACUCCAAAACUGUACAAAGAAGUGACAGAACCGUACAUCGCUUCGCAACAGCUGUCUUUGCAGUGGGUCUACAACAUCCUCGAGCACAAGAAGGAGUCCGAGCGGAUCCUGUUCGAGGACCCGGACCCGGAAACGGGUUUCAUCUUACUUCCGGACAUGAAGUGGGACACUAAGCAGCCGGAGAAUCUGUACGUGCUCGCCAUCUGCCACAAGCGGGGCAUCAGGUCGCUCAGGGACCUGAAACCCGACCACCUGCCGCUGCUGCGCAACGUCAACGAGAAAGUCAACGCGGCGUUGGCACUGCAGUUCGGCGUUCCUUCGCACCGAUUGCGUGGCUACCUGCACUACCAGCCCUCGUACUACCACCUGCACGUGCACUUCUCAGUGCUGGGCUUCGAUGCUCCCGGCACGCAGGUCGAGAGGGCGCACCUGCUCACCUCGGUCAUCGCGAACCUGGAGGCGUACCCGGACUACUACGGGCAUGCCACGCUGGGCUUCACCGUCAAGGAGGGCGAUGGUCUGCACGCCAAGUACAAGGAGGCCGGUUACUUCGAUUAGCGACUCCCAGGCAGAGAUGAUAUCCCUCUAUAUUUCCUUUGUACACAACACGACGAUGGUUCACAACAA